ACAGCUUGUUUUUCUGCCCGAAGAGAAGAGAAGCUUCCAGUUCGGAGACUUUUUUGACUUUUGUUGUUGUUGUCGUUUCUGAAGUGUGACAAACUUUCUUUCUCGGAGCAAAAUCUCAGAGAAACAAACAUGAGUCACGUCGACGUGAAGAACCUGAAGCCUUCCAACUUUGAAGGCGAAUACUACGACAAAUAUGAAUAUUAUAACUUAACCGAUAAAUACACAGAAGGCUCAGCCCGUAAAGGCAGGACGAAAAAGGAGGCCAGCGACAACACCAACAGACACAGCCCCUCCGGACACGAGCGCAAGAUUGUGGAGAAGCUCCAAAACACGGAGAAGAAAGCCAAGGAGUGAAUGCUGAGGGCGACUCGGACGGCUCAUCCCGGAUACCGACCCUGGCCUCCACGGCGACAGAACGAGACGUACAGACGGUGGGAGCAUCCGGUUUGACCUGCAGGGCGCCACCUGGAGGCUGCAGAUCCAGAUGUUCCAGAUGAGGAGGAGCUCUUCAUCGUGGCGACUCCUCCGGCUGGCCCGCAGGUUGUUGUGAAGAACUCGCCCGCGGCGGCGUGCCCCUUGCGGACUGUGGCGGCGUGCACACACAGCGAUUCUGCUGAUGGUGACAGUUUUUGAAUGGAUUUUUCUUCCUAUAUUACGUGUUGUUUUUUAAAAUAAACGUAAAGCACUUCGAAAAUUUGUUUAUGAAAAGCGCUUUAUAAAUGAAGGUAUAACUCUGCCUCUGAUUGGCUUACCCUGGCAUUCUAUAACCAAUCCUACUUCCCGUGCCUAAAACCUAACCAAUCCAACCAACGAAGGCAACGAGUGCUAGCCAAUCAGACGCAGAGUACAUUCACAUUUUCAAGUGUUUUUACUAUUAAAACCAGUUCUUAAAUGA